UGCGUUUAUUUUGGUUCUUGUUAUGGCUUAUUGCAUUUGACAUUGAGUGGGAAGAUGCAGAUUGUCCUUAUUUGAUACAGACUAAUUAAGUCACCCCUUUGACAACACUUUGUAACGCUCCGCAGCAGAUAUAAUAGGUGAAAUCUGCUCAAGCAACCCAUAUGGCAUCUUCGCAAUGGCUGGAAAUGAUAUGCCAUCGGGAUCAGCGCUGUUGAAACGCAGCAAAAGGAGUGUAGCAACGUACUUCAAAGGGGAAAAUGCAAGACAGGCCAAUUUGCAGAAAUUCCACGAUUUUCUGGAACAUUUACUGGCACCCCAGAGACCUAUAGACGAUUUCGAACCUUUGGAAUGGUGUAGGUGGUUGAUUGCGGGAGGUUCCACAUUCGAGGAAUUUGCUAAGACAGUACGGAAGUAUGACAACGCCGUCACAUGUGGCUUGGUAUGGACAGCCAACUUCGUGGCGUACCGAUGUCGGACGUGCGGCAUCUCGCCAUGCAUGUCCCUCUGCUCCGACUGUUUCCAGGCCGGCAACCACGAGGGACACGACUACAACAUGUUCCGCAGCCAGGCAGGGGGCGCCUGUGACUGUGGGGAUACCAGUGUCAUGAAUCCUUCAGGGUUCUGCCCCCGCCAUGGCCCUGACACACACAGACAUGCAGUUCACAUGCCCGGGGACAUGAUGGUCAAUGCAGAAGCCAUGAUGCCACAAGUCUUCCUCCGACUCAUCCACUAUCUCCGUGACAACUGUAAACCAGACGUGAAGAGCUCCUACUAUGUAACGAUGGAUGAUGCAGAACAGUUCCUGUCCUUCCUGCAGAGCCUCACUGACAUGGGAGCAGCCAUGAGGCUGGUCAUGGCCAGAACUCUCACCAGUGAACAAGAAUAUCGACGUCUUACUACAGAGAAAAUAGCAAACAACCCCUACUGUGUUGAGAGCCAGAAGAAUUACGUACAAGCAAGGGAGAUUAUGCCGUACCCUGCCACUUUCGAGAAGUACCAAAACAAGAGAGGCCUGAGUCAGAAGCUUCACCACAUGACCCUGCUGGAUGAGCUUGUGUUCUGGAUGGUCAAGUACGAGUUCCCGCAGAGGAUUGUCACCCUGCUUCUCAGUAUGCUGCCUGUAGACUCAUACAAGGAAGCCUUCACACGCCCUUCACACGUUGCGUUUGUGCACCACUACAGCCGGAUUUCCCUGGUGUUGGUGCAGGCACUUGACCGGAUGACCGUGGCCAACCGAGUGGUCCAUAUCAGCGUCCAGCUGUUUAGCAACGAGACCCUGGCGUCCAAGAUGAUGAGAGAGUGCAACCUGUUAUAUGUCCUUGUCCUCAGUCUCACGCACAUGAUCGAAGACAUACGCACAGAGAGCACACUGGAGGAUCCUGACCCAGCCAACAACUUCCACAAUGUAGUGGACUGCAGUAACGACGUGAUGAAGUCUCACUGCUACUGGCCCAUCAUCAGCGACCUGACCAACCUCCUCACCCACUCCUCUGUGGCCUCCAAGUUCCUCCAGGACGAGGAGCUGGUCACUAUGUGGAUGGAGCUCCUGUCCUACCUGCAAGGGAUGAACUUGAACCAGCGUGAGUUACAACAGCAUGUCCAGUUCGAGGCGGACUCAUACUACGCAGCUUUCUCGGCUGAGGUUGAGAUCGCAGCCUCUCUCAUGUGGUCCCUCGUAGCUCACUGCAAAACACGGAGUACUGCCUCCUUCUCACUCAGAAUGAUCGCAGCGGCUCAAGUGGCGCUCCAGGACUGGUUCCUGGCAAUCAACUGCCAUGAGAAUAUGAAGCCCAACCCAUAUCACCUGACAUUCCACCUACCUCUCCAUCGGUACCUGGCAGUGUUCAUGAUGCAGGCUGUUCUCCAUCAGGGUGUGGUCCUCACUGAUAUCCUGCCAGAAGAUGCCCUCAUCAAGAAAAUAGUCACCCAUGUCCUACAGAUUCAGGUGUGCCUGGCUCAGAUAUUCGCCAACAUGUGGGUACGGAAUGGAAUACAGAUCAAAGGUCAGGCAAUGACUUACAUCCAGUGUCACUUCUGCUACUCCAUGGCAGAUGCAGACAUCUACCUCCUACAGGUUUGUGCUUCACAGUUGGAUCCAGACUAUUUUGUGAAUACUGUGCUGCAAAGGUUCAACAUCCUAGACUGGCUGUCUUUCUCCCCCGAUUCCAAUCCUCGAGAUGAAGUCAAUCGAUCAGAACAUGAAAUGGCCAUGGUAGAAGGUGCCCUGUCACUAUUUGCCACACUGCUUGGGGUCCGCACAUAUCUAGGCAUAGAAGAGUGGGACUUAGUGAGACUAGAGAUGGCAUCGCUGCUGUGUAUGAGUGACAGACAACACAGUCAACUGAUGGAUUUGAUGCCGGAGAAAUCUGGAGUGCCAGGUCAUGGCAAGGAACUGUUUGAGCCAACUCUCAAAAAGAUCGCUGACUACAAAGCCCCAGUGUUUGCCAUGGGAGGGAAGAUGCAGCAGGGUACAUAUGUACCUAAAGCGGAGGUGUGGGAGAAGGAUUACGACCCAGUCCACGUCGCUCUGCGUGCCAUCUAUAGGAAAGAUCUGCAGUCAUCUCUGGACAGAUACACAGAACAAGUUCGACAGAGUGGGAAGUACACCAGCAAGACCCCGCCAUGGCCCCCAUUCCGCAGCCCCAGCCCCGUGAACCAGCAGUACAAGGGGUUGUACAGGAUCCUCAACUGUCGAACCAUGCAUGCCUUCCUCUUCACUGUCCUGCACAAGGCCAUGGCAAAGGAUUCCAACGUUCCAGAGAGUGUUCUCUACUACUGUGUUCACCUGCUCGACCUGUGUGUCACCUACAGCCCUCCUCAGACAUCACGUAAGGGCUGCAGCCCAGCCAGCACCGUCAUGGACGGCAAGUACCACCGCUGGUUCUCCACAUCUGACAUCAAGCAGAACGCAUGUGAGGUGAUCAGUGAGGUGAGCUUCCAGACCCGACUGAUGGCGGAGUCGGACAGCGGCGACAUGUGCACCAUCAGCAUGGACAACGACACCAGCACUCUAGAGGAGAUGUUCCAGCUGGCGCCAAGUGCAGCUUCAUCUAUGGGAGGUCCUAUCACGGCAGCUCAGAUCAACCUCCCCUCCAUGAUCUCAAUUCCUGGACCUUCAUCAGGGACGGCAGCAUGCACCAUCACCAAAGCAACAGGCACCAGCACAGCCCUCAAAGUAAAACCCAAGUACGAAAGCCGAGGUAUGUCAACGGAACAAGUACACCUGUCCCGCGUCAGCGUCAAUGAAAGUCUUCUGUCUCUGCUGCUGAAGCUGCACUGCAAACUGUCGGGGAAGUCAGGGUCGUAUGUGCCGAUGUCGGUAAAGAAGAGGGAUCCCGUGAAGACCCUGAUCGGGGACGGGCCAGUGUUUGUAGGGAAACUGUUGGAUAGACUAUGUGAGAUGAGCACCGAGUGUGGUAGAAUUGUACACGACACCUACAGAGCGCUGUGGCCUGAUGAGACGGACAAGAAGACACAGGGACAAAACGUGGACAAAGAAACCAAACGUAAAAAAGCCUGGCAGAGACAACAGAAAUUGAUGGCAGAGUUUGCCUCUAAACAGAAGGCCUUCAUCGAACAGACAAUGGAGGACGAUGUAGACGAUGAUGAACCAGAAGACGAUGGAGAUGUGAUGAAACCAAAAGAGACGACGUAUGACUGUGUGAUUUGUGGUCAGUUGACACCGUCAACGGGAGACAGACCCAUAGGGCUGGUAGUGUUCCUUCAAGCUUCUAGUGUGUUGGGCCACAGGAAGCAGGUGGACCACCCUCAAGUACUGUCAGUGGAUGCUUCGUACAACCCUCACUUCUCCACCUGCUCUGACUUCCAGAAGAAGCGUCUUGAGACACUCAUGAAGUACUUUGAGGAGAGGUCAUGUCAGAUGUCGGUGAACAUUGGCUGGGAGGGAGGUGUGUGUGUACAGACAUGUGGCCACUACCUCCACCUUGAUUGCCACAGCUCCUACAUGCAGUCUCUCCAUUCUCAAAGCAUGAGCCGUCCCGAGCCACUAGCGGUCAGCAAGGGGGAGUACUGGUGCCCCUUAUGUCGCCAGCUGUCCAACUCUGUUGUACCCAUUGUACCCGACGAAAACCAGCUAGCGUUGGUCAAACCUGUGUCACGUGAUCCAGAGGUCAUGGUCAGAGACUUGGCAGACAUGAUGGUUACAAGGCCCAUAACUCCGGGAUCAGCCAACUUGACGCGGGUGAUGGGCAAUGUGAUGGAGGACCUGACUAAUGCCACACAUUCAGUAUUCAAGGUCUUCUCACACUCACAGACGUCAGAGAGUGUCCUGCUAUUUGUCUGCUCUGUCGCCAGAACCAAUUUGGAAAUUGAGCUUCUUCAACGAGGCGGGUCCUUGGAAAAUCAGCAGGGCAAGGGGUACACCAAAAAGAACUGUUUCUUACCCAUGAUGCACGUGCUGAGCCUACACAGUAAGAUUCUCACCAUGCGCCCAACUCCCUACACCGACCUCUGGGCCCACAUCACCGGGGUCACACUGUCGGAAGAAUCUACAAGCAUAUCUGUGUUCCACAAAGACGUUCCACUCCUGCUGAAGGAUGCCACGUCUCUACUUAUUCAAUUAAUCCUCACACUACCAGCAACAAUCAAAGAAGAGCACUUUGACUUCCUAGUACAAAUGUUGUACAAUGUUGUAUAUAUCCAAGCUAUGUCUGUGAUCAGCUGUAAGUUCACCCCUGAGGAGAGGGAGGCGUGGCGCAAGAAGGGGCAGCAUCUGCCAGUUGAAACUAUGGAGGGCAUGCUGAGCCACAUCGUCACCAGGCUCAGUCUCAGUAGACUGUUCGAAGAUGACGACAAGCAGAGUAUACCAGCGAUCUGCCAGAGUGUGUGGUCACCUCACAGUGUGGAGGACUCGCUACAGGAGUUCUGUCUCCCCUUCCUCAGGAUGGCUGCACUCCUCAAACACAAUCUGUUUGAUCUGGAGAUCAACUCAACACAGGACCAGUGGGAGUUCCAGUUCCUGAGUUCCUACCUCGGCCUACACAAGAACCAAGGCAAGGCAGCGGGAGCCAGGGAGGUGGACACAACAGUCUGUGUGAGUUGGGCGGUCAGUGAGCCCCUCAAACUGACCAGGGCCUGGUGCACGGACCUCCUCAACUUCAUCGGCAUGCGACCUGUGGAGGGGAAAUUCUUCCUGGUGAUGCAGCCGACAUGGUUCACGCCACGUCUGGUGGAGCUGCCAGCCCAGUACUACAAGAUAUUCCAGACGUAUCGCAACAAACAGUGUGCAGUGUGCAACAAGGUGCCCCUCGACCCAACCAUCUGCCUCAUGUGCGGACACUUCCUCUGUUUCCGUGACAACUGCUGUAAAGAAGGCAUGGUGUAUGAGUGUGUUCAGCAUUCCAUUACUUGCGGAGGAGGAAUCGGCAUCUUCCUGUUGGUCAACUCCAGCGUCAUCAUCGUCAUCCGAGGUCCGCGGGCAACGUUAUGGGGGUCUGUGUUCCUGGACGAGCAUGGGGAGGAGGAUAGGGACCUGAAACGAGGCAAACCGCUGUACCUCAGCAAAGAAAGGUAUGCACUGCUCCAGGAACAAUGGCUGUCUCACAGCUUUGAUCGAGUUUGCAAGAAGUGGAUCUGGCAUCGAGACAGACUCUAACCAGCUCCAAGUCUGUACAGAUUGUGUCAUGUCCGUUCAUCUGUCUCCGAGUCCUUACCUUCAGCCUGCAUCAACACAGGUGGCAACUUACCCUUUCUGGGAACUCAUUACUUAAUACUUUACUUUAUGUGUUAAUGGUAAUAUUACUGUGAACAUACUUGUGCAUUCAUUUUCUACAAGAUCCACUACCUUCCUCUAAUAUCUGAAAUAAUUUACAUAAUAUUCUUUCCUUUGUUUGUAUUUUCAUUCAAAAAUGGCUGAAUCAGUAUGAAAGACAAAAGCAGGAGUGAAUAUUUUAGUUUCGUAUCUGGACAGGAUACCAAAUUUGAAACCAUAGUUUCGUAUUCAUUGUCUGAUAGCUCCUGUUGGAUGAAAAUGUCAAGUCAAUACAGUAAGCUAUCAUUAAAACAGGUGUGAUUGUUUGUGCUAGGAAUCUGAGAUCAUGGUGAAUUCCAGAUUUGCCAUGAUUAUAAUCUUAGUUUGCCACCAUUACCAUAUUGUGGUUUUACAAAGUGGUGAGUGUCAAAGAUCUGAUUCACUUUGGACUUUCCAACACUAGUUGAGGCGGUGGGGUAGCCUGAUGGUUAAAGUGUUUGCUAGUCACGUUGAAGAUCCAGGUUCGAUUCCCCUCAUGGGGACAACAUGUGAAGCCCAUUUCUGGUGUCCCCCGCCAUGAUAUUGCAGGAAUAUUACACAAGAGGCGUAAAACAAUACUCACUCACUCUCUCCUACAUAAGCUGACUGACUGUAACCGACCUGAGAUUGUGGAUUAACGUUUUUGAGGGGUGGAUCAGGGGACUCAAAGUCUUUGACUGGUAAGGCUCCAGGUUAAAAAAUCAGAUUCCAUCGAAAUUUAAAAAUUGAUUACAGUGCUCUACAACAAGUGAUGAUCGUGCUCAUGCUCACCUCUGUAACAAUAUAUAUUGAGUUCCCCAAAUGAAAUCUAUAAGUGACAGAGCUAGAAGAUCGUCAAGCAUUUGACUGUGCAUAGUAUUUUUAAAUCAUUUUCUAUGGAAAUUAAUUGUAAGUGGUACCAAAUCAUGAACCAGCAUCACUAUUUCCUAAACACGCUAAAGUAGAUAUAUUGUCUUCUGUCUAGAUGCAAUAGAAUGCAGGAUUUUGCUUCCAGUAAUCUAUGUGAAAUUCAGUAUAGUGUAAAAACCAGCUCACUCACUCACUCAUUCUGUUGAUGAUUGUCUUUUUUUAGCUGAGGGGAGAAUUUCUUUGUUUCUGGAAUGUUAUGUUUCUUAUUGUACAUUAUCUCCCCUUUUAAGUCUUCUGUUUUGUUAUUGUGAUGGAGGAGUCAGUUUAUUGUUCCUCUUGGGAUUAUUGGAGAAGAAGGGAUUUUUUUCUUGUUGUGUUUUUGAAUUCUUUCUUUACUGAUAAGUAAGUGCUAGGAAUUGUUUGGUUAUCCAAAGUUUGAAUCAAUUUCAUCUGGCAAUUUAUCUGUGGAUUGGCAUUAGAUGUUUUCAUACCCAGUUCUGUUUUUUUGUGAAUUACCCUCUCGUCUUUUUGGUGGUCAGAUUUAUUAAUUAUUCUGAACCAGACAUCUGUUCAUAUUUCUACUGUGUACUCAGUGAGAAACUGAGGUUCUGCUUUAGUUCUACUUCAGUCUAAGUCAACUUAAUCUCAGAAUUAUUCGUUACACUGGUAUAUACUGAGUCUAACAAACCCUAGUAGAAGGUCGCGUCAGCUGACCUUUGAGCGAUCUAUGACCGUCCAAUCAAACGCGAGAUGUCUGAACGGAAUUAGCCAAUCAGGGUUUGGCGGGACUUACAAAUUGACAAUGCAAGAUGAACUAAUAUCAAAUAGAUGUGAAUAAUAGCACCCUUCAUGUGUAUCACUCCGAAGCGAUCAUGCGGAAAAUAGCAUUCGGAAUUGUUCAAGUACAAAGUUUUCGAGGUAAAAGUUCAAAUGGUAUGUGUGAAUGUUAACUUUCGCAAUUUGGUAAGGUGUGUUCUGA